GGACGGACGGUCGAGUCGAUUCGGUUUUGCUCUCUGCUGGGUGGGAUAUAUGAUGAUGACUUUGAUAUGAUGUGUGCUGUCAUGCCGUAAUGUGGUGCAGGUAUAGACGUUUCCUGUCUUUCUAUUCCAGGACCUUCCUCCAUGAGUAAACUGUAAUUGACCCUUGCUUUGUGUGCAAUGGCAGACAAACAAAACAGUAAAUUAUCAUCAAGUAGGAGUAAUGAGGAUGAAGAGUUGCUUAAGGAGUUGUGUUCUGUCAAUGGCGUCAAGUAUAGCAAGCUGGUUCAGGGAGGUAGUGAUCCAGUUACAUCUUUGGAGAUGUUCUUCUCUGGUUAUCACCGUAUUUCAGGAAUGAAUAAUUUUCCCAAUUUGAGCAUCUUGAUUCUAAUGGGCCAGGAUAUAACUAAGAUUGAGGGAUUGUCUACCUGCACAAAGUUGACAGAGCUAUGGAUUUGUGAGUGCAAAAUUAAGGUGAUUGAAGGUUUAGAUGCAUGUAACAAGAUGACCAUACUGCAUCUAUACAGCAACUAUAUCAGUCAGAUAACUCACAUCAGUCAUCUCCAGUAUCUAGAAGUACUUGGACUUGCUAACAACACCAUUGUGAAUAUUGAGGGAUUGAGUAGAUUAACCAGAUUGAGAAGUCUAAACCUAGCUUCUAACAGAAUUGAAAAAAUUGGACAUUGCUUUGAUGCUAACACCAAACUUGAAGUUUUGAACCUGUCCGGAAAUAACAUAUGCUCUUUUAAAGAACUAACUCAUCUUGUGAGGCUUUCUUCAUUGAAACACUUGGGUUUAAAGGACCCGAUGUAUGGUCCUAACCCAGUGUGUUAUCUCUGUAACUACUCUACACAUGUCAUGUAUCAUCUACCUCAUAUUGAUAGGCUGGAUUCAUAUGAUGUGUCCAAUCAGAGUCUCAGGGAAAUGGCUGAGACCACUGUUGUGAAGAAGAAAAUGUACUAUAACAUGCGUGUCAAGACAAUCCAACGUACAUUAGCUGACAUGAUACAUCAUAUCAACAAAGAGAAGAGAUUGCUAACUAGAACUACCAGGGAUAGACUCAGGUUGCUUUGCUUUAGCAUUAAGGAGAUUGAAAGGUACACAUCAGAAGUACAAAGUAAUAAGGUGACCUCCAUUGACAGUCAUUUACACCAUGAUAAUGAGGAAGAGCAGCAUGGGAGUGGUACAGAGAGUGAUACACAAGAUACAACAACAAACAAUGUAGCAAACACUGUCAGUAAGCUACACACUAAACUACAAGCAUUGAUAGAGAGGAAACAAUUGUGCACUCAGCUUAUUCAACAGAUGGAUGUGUAUCACGGUGAAGCUAUUGCUAAUGUCAAACACACCACAGAGGUCACUAUUAAGAGGCUGCUAGCUGAGCUGGAGAGUGGUGGCAAUGUGCGAUUUGAAGAAGGACAAUCAUCAGACUUAUGGUUCUCAUCAUGUCAUGACCUGAUCUUGUCACGUUUCUGUGCUGCGGAUUACAAAGUUCAUGAUAUCCUUGGUAUAAAGAUACAUCGAAUCACCAGAGUACACAAUAGAAUGCUGAGAUAUCGCUUUGAUAACAAGCUUGUUGCUGUCACAGAGGAAGAGGAUACUUCUAGUAUCAGUAGGACACCUACUCUGAAAAGACUGCAGGAGUAUCUGUUUUUCGUCUGGGAUCCUGACUUACCAGGUGGAGAAUAUGAACCUAUGAAGAUUCUAGAAGAGGGACCGAUGGACAGUGAGACAUACCAUCAACUUGGACGUGAUGGAGCAGUGCCGUUGUCUAACAGUGUUAGUCUAUGUGAUAAACCUCGUAUACAGUCAGCUGUGAGUAGAUCGAUGAAGGAAGCAAGCUCUGAUCCAUGUCCAUUUAGACAUGGACAGCUAGUUGUAUGUAAAGUCUACUUAGGAAAGAGUCUUCCUGCAUUGGAUGUAAAUAUGAAAGUAAACAAGCAAUUCUAUCCAAAUGCUGAUUCAGUGUUCCGACCUAAGAAUUUCAGCGUGACUGACAGUGAUGCACAAUGUGAAUGUUCAGCCAGACAGUGUGAAUGGUUCAUCUUUGAUCAUGAAAUGGUACUUCCAGAAUAUGUGAUUGACUUUGAAUACAUAACAAAGGACAAACCUCCUUCACCAUUGAUUGACUUAUAUGAAGCUAAGUCAGCAGAACGUAAGAUGCCUGUAGCCAUUCAUCAGGAUGCACAUAUUGAUGAAGAUGUCUUACAGAUGGAACCUCAUAUCAAACCCAGACCAAGACUGGUCUCAUUAUCUGAAGAUAUUUUACUAAGGCUAGGAGCUGCAAGUUGCCUGACCUUAAUCACAGUGCUGAAUCUACAUGGCAAUGGAUUAACUAAAUUAAAGAGCUUGGCUAUGCUAACAUCACUGCAGAAACUCAUUGUCAGUUUCAAUGAACUGUCCAAGUUGGAGGAUCUUGCACAUAUGGCAAGUCUGGAGUACAUUGAUGCAAGUUUCAACAAGUUGUACACGCUGGAUGCUUUCAGAGGCAUGAGUAAACUAAAGACUCUUGAUCUGAGCUGGAAUGAGUUGAGCAAUACAAAAGAUGAUUUAUCUAUUCUACGUAAACAUGCACCAGGAUUAGUGUGUUUAGACUUGAGAUACAACAGCUGGCAGAAGCCUGAUGGUUUAAGACUGCGUACCAUAGGGAGACUGAAAUCCUUAUCAAUGCUAGAUGGCCAAGCAGUGACUGAGAGUGAAGCAACUGCAGCUUUACGUAUGGCAGCUGGAUCUCGUAUAUCUCAAGUAUCAUUACUAGCUCAUACCAGGACUGAUGUAGUUCGGCCAAGAAGCUUAAGUCUUGCAUCAUGUGCACAGCUGCUUACACUCAUUAGUCGCAAUAAACCAGACCGAUUGAGUGAGAAUGACAGCAACUGGUAUAGCAAGGUGACUACACUCUACCUGGAUGGACAACACCUCAGUAAACUAUCUAACCUAGAGAGAUUAGAGAACUUACGCUGGGCUUCAUUCAGUGAUAAUGACUUGACAAAGAUUGAAGGCUUGGACCAAUGUAGUCAACUUGAGGAACUGUCUCUGCAAGAUAACUGCAUUUAUAAGCUAGAAGGUAUUGGUAAACUGAGCAAGUUGCACACUCUGAACCUAAGUUGUAAUAACAUCAGCUCUAUAGAAGCAUCAGGGUUGGAAAGAUUGACUCAGCUACAAUGUCUGGCACUCAGUAAUAACAGGAUUUCAUCUCUGACUGGUAUUGCACAAGUCUUGUCACUGCUGGAGUUGUACAUUGGUAAUAAUUACAUCAAGAACAUGAGAGAGGUCUUCAAUCUGAAGAAUCUGCCAAACUUUGUCAUCUUAGAUCUGUGUGGUAACCCUGUAGCCUCAGUGGAUAAUUACAGGUUGUUUGUCGUUUAUCAUCUCAAGACACUAAAGGCAUUGGAUGGCAUUGCAGUGGAAUCUUCUGAAGGGGGUACUGCUAAGGAUAAAUUUGGAGGUCGUUUGACUCAAGACUUUGUUGCAGAGAAGUUAGGUCAUUCUAACUUUCAUGAGGUACGGGAGCUGGACUUUCCCCAGAGUAUCUUGAGACAAGUAGACCUAGGAACUGGAGAACACUUCAUUAACUUGAGAAGUGUGAAUCUAGAGCACAACAACUUGCAAUCCUUCAGUGGUCUUGUGUAUUUGGUGAACCUUAGGGUUUUGUGCUUGAACCACAAUCAUGUUGAAUGUAUUGUACCGCGCCUGAAGGGAACUGGACCUAAGAGUAAUCAUAAAGGAUUCAAAGAAGACCAGGCCGAUCUCUACAGUCCAGGAAACUUCACUCCUAUCCUGGAAAAUCUGGAAGUUCUUCAUUUAGGGUACAAUGGAAUCAGUGAUCUAAUCAAGUUACAGAUCAGUCGCUUACCAUCCCUCAAGGCAUUAUUCCUUCAAGGCAAUGAAAUCAGCAAGGUAGAAGGUCUGGAGAGCCUACAAGAUCUAAGGGAGCUUGUUUUGGACCGCAACAAAAUUAAAGGACUUUCUGAAUAUUCCUUCAUGAAUCAAUGGAACCUCGUUGAGCUUCAUAUGGAAGAAAACAGACUACGUGAACUGUCUCACUUUCAGUAUCUGGAGAACCUUCAAAGACUCUACCUUGGAAGUAAUAGAUUACAGGAUGUAUGCGAGUUGGAGAAGCUUGAGGCAUUACCUAAUCUGAUAGAACUUUCUGUCAUCAGUAAUCCAGUAUCCAGAAGGUUAAUGCAUCGUCCAAUGCUGGUAUUUAGACAGCCCAAUCUAUUAUGUAUUGAUGGAAUUCCAGUCAGCCCAGAGGAGCGUACAAAAGCAGAGAUGUACUUUCUGGAACAACAGCCAGCAUCAACUGUGACUACUACUCAGGAAACUACUCUACCUGGUAUCUCGCCAUACAAGAACCAAGCUGCACCUGUUAAGAUAACUAAUGUCCAAUUACAAGGAGCACCAACAGAGAGACAUAACUGGGGUCAAACUGUUCAGUAUACUACUGUUGAGGAUGCUAUGGGAUACCAACAAGAUAACAUCAGAGCACCAAACAGACGACAGCGAAACUACGUCCACUCUGAUACCAACAUAUCCCCAAGUAACGGUGGAACAAGGGCAGGCCAAACCAACCCUACCCAAGCGGGUCAUCAGAGAGGACAGUACCAACUCCAACAUCAAGUACCAUAUGUACCCCAUCAAGGUCAUUAUCAACGAGGUAGUAAUCAUGAUGAAGCCCAUCAGACUAGAUAUAAUAACAGUGGAGGUAAAGGUAGACCUCAUUAAGUAUCAUCAUGCAUUAACAGUCAUAUUAUUGUUGUCUUAGUUGCUUUCAGGGCAUGACACUUUCACGUCAGGAGUUCGUCGGAGUUCGAACGACGAGACUAACCGCAGAGUAACAAAAGAAAACCCUGACAAUGCCCCUUUCUGAUCAGUGGAAAAAGAUAAGAGACAUCCAGCUGGAUGGCCGAUUAAAGAUGCUAUGUCAGACUUUUGGCCCCAAACAUUAAAAAAUAUUUUUUAUUUUUUUAGUGAAUGGUAUUUC